UCAUUUUUCAUCGUCAGCAGCAUCCAGUCAAUCCACGAAACCCCUUUAAUUUAGUCGAUUCCAAUAAUUAAUCUUCUCCUUCAAUUGUUGCAAAACUUGUUAGGAAACAAGCUAAACUUGAUUCAUAUAUGUUAACGUCAAAAUUCAUCGCCAUCGCAUUCAAUCCACAAAUUCAUCCGAGUUUCUCCACUCUCAGGGCGAAGCAGUUUAUGGCGCCUCCACCGGUUUUGGCUUUAGCUCUGCCGUCGGAAACGGGCCGGGUCCUCAGUAUUCAGUCGCACACUGUUCAGGGCUAUGUCGGCAACAAAUCAGCUGUGUUUCCUCUACAGUUGCUCGGAUAUGAUGUAGAUCCAAUAAAUUCAGUUCAGUUUUCAAACCACACAGGGUAUCCUACUUUUAAGGGUCAGGUCUUGAAUGGAGACCAACUUUGGGAUUUGAUAGAAGGCCUUGAAGCCAAUAAUCUGUUGUUCUACACACAUCUACUUACAGGUUAUAUUGGUUCAGUCUCCUUCUUGAAUACUGUUCUAAGAGUUGUGGAUAAGCUUAGGUCUGUCAACCCUGGACUUACAUAUGUUUGUGAUCCAGUUUUAGGUGAUGAAGGAAAACUGUAUGUCCCUGAGGAAUUGGUAUCUGUAUUUCGAGAAAAGGUUAUCCCUGUUGCUUCCAUGUUGACUCCGAAUCAAUUUGAGGCAGAAUUGUUGACGAAAUCCAGGAUUGUAUCUGAGCAAGAUGGCAGGGAAGCAUGCAACUUUAUUCAUGCUGCUGGACCAUCAAAGGUUGUCAUAACGAGCAUAAAUGUAGAUGGAAAACUUCUCCUAAUUGGCAGUCAUCAGAAAGAGAAGGGGCAACCACCUGAGCAGUUCCGGAUUCCAAUCCCCAAAAUUCCUGCUUAUUUCACGGGAACAGGAGAUCUCAUGACUGCACUUUUGCUUGGAUGGAGCAAUAAAUACCCUGACAACCUUGGCAAAGCUGCAGAACUUUCUGUAUCAAGCUUGCAGGCAGUUCUGGUUAGGACAGUAGGAGACUAUACAAGAGCUGGGCACGACUGCCAGUCGAGCAGCUUAGAGAUUCGAUUGAUCCAGAGUCAAGAUGAUAUUCGAAACCCUGAAAUCACAUACAGGGCUGAGAUAUACAACUAAGAAGUCGACCAAAUCCAUACAAUCAAACAGCCAUAGCACAUUAGGUUGAAAAAACCAUUACUUAUGAAAUACUUCUAUAAGCGAUCCGUAAAGAGUAUCAGCAACGGUAUUGUCCAAAAGAGCAUGUCCGUGCCGUCGGAAUGGCAUUGGAACGGCACACCAUUGCAUGGCUUCCGCUGGAACGAGUGCGCUCGCUUUGGGGAGCCCCGCUCUUGCUGACGUACCAAAAUUUUUCUAUCCCCUCUCUUGCUGACGUACCAAAAUUUUUCUAUCCCCUCUGUCCCUAAAAAUAAGGACUUUGGGGACGACACGUGUUUUAAUACGAAAUUGAUAAAGAGGGAGCAAAUUGUCUGUAAAGUCAUGAACUUUCAAAAUAGUUUGAUUUUUUUUGUAAACUUUAAAUGUGGCAUGAAAAAUCAUGAACUUUGCCGGACUGUGUAAGUUUAUCAUCUGACCUGGCCCGAUAGAUUUCUGACACACGCUUAUCCUACGUGGCGCCCUGGAAGCGUGACUUGCCAAAUGACAAAUUUAGUAUUCAAUUCGAAUUGAGAAAUUAAUGUUUCUUUUAUGUUGUAUUCGAUUUGUAUGUUUAUGUCGAUUUGUAUGUUGAAUUUGAUUUGUAUGUUUUCAUUUGUGCUAGUUGUAUGUUUGUGAUAACUCCAGAGUUAUUGUGAAGUCGUGCUUCCGGCGCGCCACGCAGGAUAAGUUUGUGUUGGAAAAUCUAUGGGAUCAGGUCAGAUGAGAAAUUUAUACAGUCCACUAAAAUUCAUAACAUUUCAUGCAACAUUUAAAGUUUACGAAAAAAACCAAAUUAUUUUGAAAGUUCGUGAAUUUACAUGCAAUCUACCCUAAUUAUUUUA